AUGGAACGCGUUUCUGAGCGCGCCGACAGCGAGGCAACCUACUCGGAGCUCCGGCGCUGGAUCUCAAAGGAGUAUGGAUCGACUGGCCUGCAUCAGCUACAGGAAGCGUCAAAGGUGUCUGGCAACACCUCAAUCAAGGUUCUCAAGGACUUCUUCACGUGGUUUCGGGAUGAGUAUCCCUACUACCGAGGUGCCUGCAAGUCCUGUGAGAACAACACGGACUUCCUGGGGCUAGUGCGGCCUGGCGAGUCCGAACGCACCGAAGGAGGUGCUGGAGUCUGCGAGAUGUACUUCUGCACAG